AUGAUAAACAACUCACAAAGAUCUUCAGGAGAUAGCAGAGAUCUCAAUACAGAAAAUAACACAAAUUCUUCAAGUGAAGUUUAUUCGUAUGUCGCACCAUGGUUUGUGUAUGCAUUUAAUUUCUGUUGUAAUCCUCAAUACCCCUUUUUGCUUGGAUUAGGCUCAUUCAUAGAAGAUACAAAUAAUAAAUUUUUUUUUAAAAAUUAAAAAAAAUAAUAAAUUUAUUAUUAUUUUUUUAUGAAACCCACAAAUAAUGAAAUACAAAUAGUUCAAUUGAAUCCAGAAGAAAAUAAAUUUGACUUGAAAACGACAAUUCAGCAUGCAUACUCUCCAACCAAAAUUAUGUGGGUUCCUGACACAGAAGGCAAGCAUCCUAACCUAAUGGCAUCCUCUAGUGAUCAUCUACGCCUAUGAAAAUAUGAAGAAAAUCAAGCCACAAUGGUAUCAACUCUCAUAAAUAACCGGCAUAGUGAUUAUUGUGGACCUUUGACAAGUUUUGAUUGAAAUCAGCAUGACCUUUCCAUGAUAGGAACCGCAAGCAUUGACUCUACCUGUACUAUCUGGGACUUAGAAAAGCAGGCAAUGAAGAAGCAGAUCUUGACCCACACAAAAGAAGUGAAUGAUAUUGCAUUUGGCCAUGACCCUUUUACUUUUGCCAGUGUAGGAGCUGAUGGCUCAGUCAGGAAGUUUGACUUAAGAAGCUUGGAACAGUGUACAAUUUUGUUUGAAAGCCAAGGAUACAACCCUUUGUUAAGGCUAGCUUGGAAUAAAAUGGACCCGAACUUUAUUGCGACGAUCAUGAUGGAUUCAUUGAGCGUAACAAUAAUUGAUAUCAGGUCGCCAGGCAUGCCGAUUGCAGAACUACACAGUCAUCAGAAUUUUGUAAAUACCAUUUCCUGGUCUCCAAAUCAAAGCUGCUAUGUCUGCACAGCCGGAGAUGACCGGCAAGCUCUGAUUUGGGACCUACAGAGGAAUCUUGGAGAAGUGAGGGAACCAAUGAUGGUUUACGUUUCAGAAGCAGAAAUCGUAAACUUGAAUUGGUCAGCGCUCCAGCCGAACUGGGUAGGAAUUGCUUUUAAUAAAACUCUUCAAUUGCUUAAACUCUAA